AUGGCUUGUUCAAUUAAUGCACGUGUUCAGGAGAUUUCGUUGCGGUUCAACAACACAACACCGCAUGACAAAACAAAACACAGCACAGCACAGCACGACAUUACAGCCGCAGCCCAAGAAAGAAGUAAAGCCAGCCAAGGCAACAAAUAUACAUUCCAAUACUGGAUACCUCCUCUCCCAGUUCCAAGUUCUCAUACAAUAAGGGGGGUUUCCAAUUCCAUGCAGGACCCAUCCAAAUGCGAAACAUACGGGGAGGGGAGUAUUUUGCCAUCUCUGAGGUGUCUUGGAACAAUUUCCAAGCACCCCUCUCUUCUCGAGAACUAA